AUGGCCCCUUCCAACCUCCCCCCUGUCUUCAAUGCGACAUCUCAAGAUAUUGAAAUGUUGCUGGCCGCACAAUGCCACCUCGGUUCUAAGAACUUGCAAGUUCACAUGGAACCUUACCUGUGGAAGACUCGUCCUGACGGAAUCAAUGUGAUCAACAUUGGCAAGACCUGGGAGAAAAUCGUUCUUGCAGCCCGCAUCAUCGCAGCCAUUGACAACCCAGCCGACAUCUGUGUGAUCUCCGCUCGUCCUUACGGCCAGCGUGCUGUCCUCAAAUUUGCUGCCCACACCGGUGCUGUUGCUAUUGCCGGUCGCUUCACCCCAGGUAACUUCACCAACUACAUAACCCGCUCCUUCAAGGAGCCCCGCCUCAUCAUCGUAACCGACCCUCGCACCGACUCCCAGGCCAUCAAGGAAGCCAGCUAUGUCAACAUUCCCGUUAUUGCCCUCUGCGACACUGACUCUCCGACCGAGUUCGUCGAUGUGGCCAUCCCCACCAACAACAAGGGUCGGCAUGCCAUUGGUCUGAUCUGGUGGAUGCUUGCCCGUGAAGUCCUUCGUCUCCGUGGAACCCUGGCUAACCGCGAAACCGAGUGGGAUGUCGUUGUCGAUCUGUACUUCUACCGUGAUCCUGAAGCUGAGGAGAACAAGGAAAUCGAAGAGACCAAGGUUCCCGGUGCUGAGGAGGUUGGUGCCGCUGCUAUCGAGAGCGGUUUAGUUGGUGAUAGCUGGCAAGCUCAAGCCACCCCUGGCUUUAGUGCUGGUGUUGCUGUUCCUGGCACUGCUGUUCCCGGAUGGGAGGCCGACGUGUCCACUGAUUGGGCUGCCAGCUCCGCUCCCGCGGCCGAGACCUUGGCCGAUCCUGCUGCAGACCCGUCUGUCAAAUGGUAG